AUGGUUAUGUUUCUGUUAUUUACUGCAGUAACAUUAGUAACUGGGGUCAUCUCUAACUUAUUCAUCCUGGUUGUGAUUUUUAUGGAACAAAACCGCUUCCUAACCAUGACCCCCAGCAACCAAAUCCAGUUUACUAUGAGCCUGAACAACAUCUUUCUGCAGUUUAUGGAGUCAAUGAGUUCACCUGAUUUUUCAUUUAAGUUUUUUAUUAUUAAGGAAAUUUUGCAAGUUAGAAGUUUGUUUUAUACGUUUUUCCUUAGUCUCAGUUACUGGCUCUGUGCCGGGCUCUGCGCAUUAUACUGUGUGACUGUUGUCAGCUGUAAAAAUCGUUUAAUCACAAGUCUGAAGAUGAGGCUCCCGGUUCUGGUACCAAAGCUGCUACUGGUUACAGCCCUGGGGUGUUUCUCAAUCUCUGUCCCCUCCAUUUGGUACUUGAACAUUGUCCCUCAGCCGGAUGUGACCGGGAACCUGACCACCAAUAAUAUUCCUAACUCUCAAGUCAUGUAUCAUGAUUACCUGCAUUAUCAAGUCUUUUUUCUCUCAUUAGGAGGUAUUGUGCCAUUAAUAAUAAGUAUAACCUGUUUACUUAUCACUGUCACUUCCCUUUUGAGACACGUCUGGAGAAUAAAACUUAAUGCAACCAAUAUGAGUGACCCCCAGCUUGAUGCACAUUACAGAGCGAGUAAGACUAUGGUGAUGCUUGCUACUGUUUUUGUGGUACUGAUUAUGACUCAGCUAACGUAUCUGACUUUAAACUCAGCUACUGUAAGUCUAGAGAUGAUGAUCGUGCAUUGUUUAGCUCAGUUAUUACCAACAGAACUGUCCGUUAUUCUGAUCUUGAGCAGCUGCAAACAUAAAAGAGCUCUCUGUAGGAUUGUCCCAUGUAUCAAGUAA